AUGAAGGGUGCAUCCGUGGAGGUGGCAGGGUACACGACCCUGCCAGUGCAGCUCCCCGCAACACCAACAUUCCCCAAGCCCGCAACACACUACCUCUACAUCCGUCCCCAUGAACCCCGAAUCCCAGACCCAGAUUCCACCCGCUCCCUCUUCCUCGUCAACGUCCCAAUCGACACAACAGAAGCCCAUAUCCGCCACCUUUUCGGCACACAACUCUCCGCCGGCCGCGUUGAGCGAGUCCAAUUCGAAGACGUGCCAACAAAAAAGCGCACAGCAGCCGCAGACACCGACACAAACUCCAACAAAAAGAAACGCAAGCGCGUAACAGCAGACGACUACCAAACUUAUUUAGACGACAUCAACCUCCCUUCAACCUGGGACCGCAAACUCCAAAAGAGCGGCGCCCACGCAAUCGUCAUCUUCGCCGAUAAACCCAGCAUGGAAACCAGCCUGAAAGCCGCCACAAAGGCCGCCAAGCGCGGUACCACCCUCGUCUGGGGCGAGGACAUGCCGGCAGACCGCAUCCCCGCCCUGGGUUUGCAGCGGUACGUCGCGCACGAGCGCCUCCAAUAUCCAGACCGGGGCGCGCUCCUCCGCUCCGUGAACGAGUUCAUGACUACGUUCGCGGCGCGCGAGGAGUCGAAGCGAUUGGCCGAGCCGGAUGAGGAUGGCUUUAUUACAGUUUCGCACGGUCCUAAGUUGAAUUCUGUUGCCAGGGAGGAUGAGAUGAAGGAGCUUGUUGAGAGGCAGAAGAAGAAGGCCGAGGGUCUGGAGGACUUUUAUCGCUUCCAGUCGAGGGAGAAGAGGAAGGAGAGGCAGAAUGCGUUGCUUAGGCGCUUUGAUGAGGAUAAGAAGAAGUUGCACGAGCUUAAGGAGCGGAGGGGCAAGAUUCGGCCUGAGUGAUCUUGUAUGCAUGAUAGCAUGGCGUUUUGGGAGUCUUUCGUGGACAGGAUAAAAGUUUCGAGGUUUCCUGAUGUACAUGUGGCUUAGAUGGAUAAGUACAUUAUAUCUCAAUAACUAUCACAUUAUCUAUGGAUUGAAUAUGUUCAACAUCAACUUAUUGACUUUCGCUUGAGUCAUGUAGAGAUACUGGCUGUCUGGCACAGUACUCCGUUUUGCACACUUUUUAUCGAUCGAUUAAAUAUGUCCCAACGUACGGCAGAGCCAGCAUUAUUGGAAACACUGUUCUGUGGAAAUGUCGCUAUGUACCUGGCGUAUAUGUAGCAGGGCU